AUGUCGAUCUCUCCCAGUUCACGUGUCUUAGUCGUGCCUCCCGACAUUAGACAGCAUCUCGGAGCUUGGCUUGACAACAGGCAGUCGCUCGUGCCAACAUGGCGAACGAGUACAGUACGCUUAUUAUGGACCGAACAGAUUUGGUGCCUCACAUUCGCUUGACGACGACCUAG